UUAGGAUAAUUCCCAAUAAAUGAAUUUGAAUAGUAGGGUACAAAUGUAAUUUACAGUAUCUUUUUUAAUUUCAAUUUUCUCUUAUACGUUUCAAGUUUCUAUUGCCUCCCACUACCAAUGUAGAUGUUCGUACAUUCUUAUUCAAUGGCGUGAUUGAGAUAGGAACCAAUGAGCAGUACAAGAAGAACCGAAGAGGUGGUGGAGAAGAAGAAGAAGAACAACAACAAUGAAAGGAUUCUCCGAUUGGGGAAUUACGAGUUAGGGAGAACUCUCGGCGAAGGAAACUUCGCCAAAGUUAAAUUAGCUAAGCAUCUCCACUCAUCUCUUCCUUUUGCUGUUAAGAUCCUCGACAAGUCCAAUCUCAUUCAACUCAAAAUCGCCGAUCAGAUAAAGAGAGAAAUCUCCACUUUGAAGCUGCUUAAACAUCCUAACGUCGUUCGUUUACAUGAGGUCUUGGCAAGCAAAACCAAAAUUUACAUGGUCCUAGAAUAUGCAACUGGAGGGGAACUGUUUGACAAAAUUGCUUCCAAUGGGAAGCUUUCUGAAGCUGAAGGAAGGAAGUUCUUCCAGCAGUUAAUUGAUGGUGUUGGUUAUUGUCAUGACAAAGGUGUUUUCCACAGGGAUCUCAAGCUCGAAAAUGUUCUUAUUGAUGCAAAAGGGAACAUAAAGAUAUCUGAUUUUGGCCUCAGUGCAUUGCCUCAACAUAUUGGGGAGGAUGGCUUAUUGCAUACAACAUGUGGAAGUCCUAACUAUGUUGCACCAGAGGUUCUUGCUAAUAGAGGGUAUAAUGGUGCCACCUCAGACAUAUGGUCAUGUGGCGUCAUCUUAUAUGUAAUUCUCACUGGAUACCUCCCUUUUGAUGAUCGGAAUCUUGCAGUUCUCUAUCAGAAGAUUUUCAAAGGGGAUACUCGGAUUCCUAAAUGGUUAUCAUCCGGUGCUCGGAACAUGAUAAAAAGGAUUCUUGAUCCGAACCCUAAUACCAGGAUAACAAUGGCAGGUAUAAAAAAUGAUGAAUGGUUCAAACAAGAUUAUAGUCCAGCAGUACCUGAUGAUGAAGAAGAAGAUACAUACUUUGAUGAUGAAGCUUUCUCAAUGUCUGAAAUGGCAUAUGAUGGAAAUAAGAGCCCUGAAUCACCCACUCUCAUUAAUGCUUUUCAGUUGAUAGGAAUGUCAUCCUACUUAGACCUUUCUGGUUUCUUUGAAAAGGAGGAUGUCUCUGAAAGGAAGAUCAGAUUUACAUCCAAUCAUUCAGCUAAAGAUUUGGUUGCAAGAAUUCAAGAUAUUGCGACAGAAAUGGGAUUUCGAGUCCAAAUGAAAAACAGACGGUUGAAAGCAACACGAGAACACCGAGGCCAGAAAUGUGUUGGCAGUCUUUCAAUUGCAGCUGAGGUGAUUGAGAUAAGUCCAUCAUUGUAUGUGGUUGAAUUAAGAAAAUCAUACGGUGAUUCUACUGUUUAUAGACAGUUAUGUACAAAGCUGUCAAAAGACUUGGGUGUCCCUAUGGGUCAAGGCCAAGGGCUGAUCUCCAUAGAAGCUUGAUGGACUGAUUGUUGGUUUGUGACUUGGUUGACUCAAGCAACAUAAAAAGGUUCCAGUAUAGGUUUAAAUUGUAAAUUAAUGGUUAAACUAUGAUUUCGGUCCCUCUAUUAUGCUCGACUAUGAGAUUUAGUUCAUGUGCUUUAAACUAGUAUAAACUAGUCUCUUUAUUUA